AUGACUGUGGCCAGCAACAGCCGCUUUCAGAAGAUUUCCAUCCACAAGGCCCUGGAGGAGACUGGGAACACGGAAUGGGCGUUGCCAAUGGGAACCGGCUUCAAGCUGCACGACUUCGGCUUCCGAGGCGUCUCCUCAGUGGAGUCGGCGGCCAUUGGCGGAGCUGGCCACUUGGUGAAUUUCCUUGGCACUGACACUGUUGCAGCUCUUCUCUGCUGUAAGAAGUACUACAGCUCAGUGAAAGCCUGUGGCUUCUCCAUCCCUGCCUCGGAACACUCCACCAUUACCUCCUGGGGAGUGGACGGCGAGGUUGAUGCCAUGAAGAACAUGCUGACUCAGUACCCCACGGGGCUUGUUGCCUGUGUCAGUGAUUCCUUCGACGUCUUCAAGGCCUGCAAGGACUACUGGGGCGACAAGCUGAAGGACUUGAUCAAGGGCCGUAUCUCCGGCGACAGCUUCGGCCGACUUGUCGUCCGACCGGACAGCGGAGAUCCUGCUGACACCUGCAAACAGAUUCUGAAAAUCCUGUGUGAGCAGUUCAAAGAAGAUGUGACCACCACGAAGACUGGUCACAAGCUGCUCCCAGCGUACAUCCGUGUGAUUCAGGGCGAUGGAGUCGACUAUGAGUCUGUCCCCAAGAUCCUGAAGUCCCUGAAGAACGCUGGCUACGCCGCAGAAAAUAUGGUGUUUGGAAGCGGCGGCGCUCUUUUGCAGAAGCUUAACCGCGACACCUUCAAAUGUGCUUUCAAGUGCUCCGAGAUCACUGUGAACGGUGAGAUUAGGGAGGUCUUCAAGGACCCCAUCACCGACAAGGGCAAGGCAUCGAAGAAGGGCCGACUCACCGUUCAGCUGGCCUCAGAGACCAAGGGUUUCAAGGACUCCGACAAGUACAAGCCACGUCAGGGAGACAAGGGCACGGCCGGUGGUACUGGAUUCCUCCACUACAGCGCUGACAACAAGUAUGUCACCGUUGCCAGCGGCAAGGGGGAUGCCUCCAAGGACUUGCUCGUGGAGGCACCAUGGGACGAAGUGAGAAGACGGAUAAGCGCCAUCCCACGGGGUUGGGGACAUUGA